AUGUUCCAAGUGAAAUGUCCCUCUUGGCUUUUAUUAGUUGCCUCUUUGUUGAUGUUGAGCUGUCACAGCGCUGAACAAGGUACGACAUGUGCAACUAAACGAAAUGGUGGAAGUGCAGUGUUUAGGAAACUGGACAGAUUUGAUUACACAUUGAACUCAACCGACACGACUCACUUUGUCUACGGAAUCACUGCAAACGUGGUUGCUGUGUUGUUGUAUGGAAGCAACUUUGUUCCUAUCAAAAAGACAGAGACCGGAGAUGGGAUGUUCUUUCAGUGGGUGAACUGUGCAGCAAUAUGGAUUGUAUCUAUGGUUGGAGACUUAAUUCUAAAUUCGCCCAAAUUCCACCCUCUUGCAAUGCUUGGAGGAGCAAUCUGGGCCACAGGAACUAUAGCUAUUGUUCCAAUCGUUAAAGCCAUCGGCCUCGGCCUUGGGAGUUUAAUAUGGGGAUCCUCUAGUUUGUUGAUGGGCUGGGCCAGUGCAAGAUUCGGCUGGUUUGGGAUUGCUCCUCAGGAAGUUUCCAGGCCGAUAUUAAAUUACUGCGGAGCCGGGUUGUGUCUGCUGAGCGGGCUGAUCUUUUUCUUUGUGAAAGCAGACGUGGACCUGCAUCCUAAUUCAGAAUCAAUUCCAUUGCUUAUCGACAGGAGAACUUAUUCAGGCAGUUACGGACCGACUGCCUCUGAGUUCUGGAUAGACCAGAUCGGACAGAAGACCAGGCGGGUCAUCGGCUGCCUGCUGGCCGUGGUGUCAGGGCUGCUGUACGGAUCCUCCUUUGCACCGAUCCUCUACAUUAAAAGUCAUUCAUCGUGCCAGGAAUGCAUGUUCAGGGGAGCCAGUGAAUACGACCUCGACUAUGUGUAUGCUCAGUGCUCCGGCAUCUUUGUAGCCAGCACGGUGUACUUCACCGUCUACUGUGUUGGUAUGCGCAACAAACCCAGGGUUUACUCCAGGCUCAUCCUCCCAGGUCUGUUGUCUGGACUGAUGUGGGCUCUGGCUACGUACUGCUGGUUCCUGGCUAAUAACUACCUGAGUGCAGUCGUCACCUUCCCCAUCAUCACUGCAGGAUACGGUCUGGUUGCAGGUCUGUGGGGAUCCCUGGUUUUCAAGGAGAUUAAGGGGAUGACAAACUGCCUUAUCUUCUUCUUCGCCUCCUGCGUCGUCCUGACUGGCUCCGUGCUGACCGCCAUCUCCAAGCUUUGA